AUGGAAACGUGGAAAUGAUCUGAACUAUAUCGACACGUUGCGAACGAAGGAUAAGUAGAAAGAGACGUAAAGAUAUAUAAGAUUGGAGGAUAAUAAAGUGAAGAUGAAUCGUUUCUAUAACAAUCGUCUGGAGGAUGGUGGCGGUGGCAAUUUGGUGUCGGGUGAUGAGGGCGGAACGUGGAGCACCGCCUCAGCCGCCGUCGUCGUCGCCGCAGCAAACGCGUCCGACUUUACGAGCACGUCUGCGACGAGUCUGGCUGUGAACUUCACGAUCCCGCAGAACGUGUGCAGUUCCAAUUACAUGAACAUCACCUGCGAGGUGCCCACCACCUACGCCGUCCCUUUAUACGGCUACGUGAUGCCCUUCCUGCUGAUCAUCACCAUCAUCUUCAACACCCUCAUCGUCGUCGUGCUCAGCAAGAGACACAUGAGGACGCCCACAAACGUCGUCCUCAUGGCCAUGGCCCUCUGCGAUAUGCUCACCCUGCUAAUACCCGCUCCCUGGCUGAUCUACAUGUACACCUUCGGGAAUCACUACAAACCGAUCUGGCCCAUCAGCGUGUGCUACGCCUGGAGCGUUAUGCACGAGGUGAUCCCCAAUAUGUUUCACACGUCCAGCAUCUGGUUGACCCUCGCCCUCGCGAUGCAACGAUACAUCUACGUCUGUCACGCUCCUCUGGCCAGGAAAUUCUGCACAAUGCCGAACGUCUACAAAUGCCUGUUCUACAUCCUGCUGUGCGCCGCUGUCCACCAGAGCACCCGUCUCUUCGACAGGGACUACGAGGAGGUUGAGAUUGAAUGGAACAACGAAAUAGUCUCGGUGUGCCGCGUGAAGAUCGCCGAUUGGGUAAACGAGUACAUGACCGAGGACAUCUACUUCCUAUUCUACUUCAUCUUCCGGAUAAUCUUCGUGCACUUGAUACCGUGCGUCGCGCUCGUCAUCCUCAACGUGUUCCUCUUCCUGGCUUUGAGGAAGGCGCAGCAGAGACGCGAUCUGCUGCUCUCCAAGAAGAACCAGAAAUCCGAAUGCAAGAAACUCCGAGAUUCCAACUGCACCACUCUCAUGCUGAUCGUCGUCGUCUCCGUGUUCCUCAUCGUCGAGAUACCUCUAGCCGUUGUGACCAUUCUGCACGUCAUCUCGAGCACCAUGAACAUCAUCCUCGACUACGACGUGGCCAACGUUCUGGUGCUUUUCACCAACUUCUUCAUCAUCUUAAGUUACCCGAUCAAUUUCGCCAUCUACUGCGGCAUGUCGCGUCAAUUCCGCGAGACCUUCAAGGAGCUCUUCAUCCGGGGCACCGUCACCAACAGGAACGGCGGAUCCUCCAGGUAUUCUUUGGUCAACGGUCCCAGGACGUGCACCAACGAAACGGUCUUGUAAAUUACCUAUCAACUGGCGCAGCGUUUUAGAUCUAGAUUUAACCUUCCUGAAUCCGCCAACCUUCUAUCCAAAUAUUCGAUGUUUGUAGCAAAAACUAUGUGAAUAACUUAUAUAAUCGGUGUAAUUAAAUGUAAAUAAAGUACCUCUACUUCAUGUAAAUACUAUAAGCUAAGUUAAGAUAAUCUAAGCUAAAUUAAGACUACGACUUAAGAUUAAGUUACAUUAACUAGUGAAACUAAGCGGGAACCUCGUCGGGUGUUUAUUACGAUCAUCUGAGCCCGAUUGUAUAAGCACUUGACGACGCGACCGAAGAUGAAUUUAUUUUGUACAGAACAUAUAUACAUCUAUUAAUAUAAGGAUGAACAAAUAAUAAAUAUACUAUAUUUUAGAUUCUAUGCAUGUAAUAUCCAAAACAUAAGUGUGAUUAAUGUUUAAGGAAAAUCCUGUAACGAUGUUUAAUUAAUGUCAGAGAAUAAUAAUUGUUAUAUACCUCCUCUCUCCUCCUUUUAAAUGUAUGUUGCCUUCCCACUUAAUAACAUAUUCAAUAAAAUAAAUGU